AUGAGCGACCGAAAGGCGGUGAUCAAAAACGCGGACAUGUCUGAGGAGAUGCAGCAGGACUCGGUGGAGUGCGCGACGCAGGCCCUAGAGAAAUACAACAUAGAAAAGGACAUUGCGGCGCACAUCAAGAAGGAGUUCGACAAGAAGUACAACCCCACCUGGCACUGCAUCGUGGGCCGGAACUUCGGCAGCUACGUGACGCACGAGACCAAGCACUUCAUCUACUUCUACCUGGGCCAGGUGGCCAUUCUGCUCUUCAAGUCGGGCUAG